UCCCGCGACCCCGCCCCCAGGGUCUCCGGAGCCUCGGGUUUCGCGGAGCCUGCGAUGCCAAAGCCGGGCUGAGCCCUCGCCGCACCCCCGUCGGAUCCCUCGGAGGAAGGUGGAUCCGAGGUCACGGCUGGGACCGGGAGCCGGCCCCCGCCCGCAGGGACCGCACGCGCAUGGCCUCGUCCGCCGCCCCCGCGGCUGGGGGACCAGAAGGCGGUGGCCCCACAGGAAGUUCAACAGAGACACCGAGACGGUUUUCCAGGGAUCAACUUUUUAUCCUGAUCUCAGCAGCUUCCAUGAACUUGGGCUCCAUGAUGGCAUAUUCUGUCCUCGGACCUUUUUUCCCCAAGGAGGCUGAAAACAAGGGAGCCAGCAAUACCAUGAUUGGCGUGAUCUUUGGAUGUUAUGCUUUAUUUGAGUUUUUGGCAUCUUUGGUGUUUGGCAAAUAUCUUGUACAUAUUGGAGCAAAAUUUAUGUUCAUAGCAGGAAUGUUUAUCUCGGGAGCAGUUACAGUUAUCUUUGGUGUCAUGGACCGACUUCCAGAUGGACCAGUGUUUAUUGCUAUGUGCUUUCUAGUGAGGGUAAUAGAUGCGAUAGGCUUCGGAGCGGCAAUAACUGCAUCAUCCUCCAUCCUCACAAAGGCUUUUCCAAAUAAUGUGGCAACGGUAUUGGGCAGUCUUGAGGUGUUUAGCGGGCUGGGGCUUGUCGUAGGUCCUCCUUUAGGUGGCUUCUUGUAUCAGUCCUUUGGCUACGAGGUGCCUUUUAUUUCCCUGGGAUGUAUCGUCCUGCUGAUAAUACCACUCAAUGCAUGCAUCUUACCCAGUUAUGAGUCUGACCCAAGUGAACAUUCAUUCUGGAAACUUGUCACGUUACCCAAGGUCGGCCUUAUAGCCUUCGUCCUCAUCUCUCUGAGCUCCUGCUUUGGCUUCCUCGAUCCUAUUCUGUCUCUUUUCGUCUUGGGCAAGUUUAAUUUACCAGCUGGAUACGUGGGACUGGUCUUCCUAGGGCUGGCACUGUCCUACACCAUUUCUUCACCACUGUUUGGAUUACUAAGUGACAAAAUGCCACAUCUGAGGAAGUGGCUUCUGGUUUUUGGCAACUUAAUCACAGCGGCAUGCUUCAUGCUCUUAGGACCUGCACCAAUCCUGCACAUCAAAAGUCAGCUGUGGCUGCUGGUGCUGAUCUUAGUGGUCAAUGGCGUGUCUGCUGGAAUGAGUAUAAUCCCCACCUUCCCAGAGGUCCUCAGCUGCGCAUAUGAAAAUGGAUUUGAAGAGGGAUUAAGUACACUGGGACUUGUAUCAGGUCUCACAAGUGCCAUGUGGUCAGUUGGAGCUUUUAUAGGACCAAUGCUCGGUGGAUUUCUGUAUGAGAAACUUGGUUUCGAGUGGGCGGCUGCUAUACAAGGCUUGUGGCCUCUGAUUAGUGGAUUAGCGAUGGGAUUGUUUUACCUCCUGGAAGACUCCAGAAGAAGAUCUAAACCUCAAAGCACCAUGGGUACAGAGGAGGAGCAAGCUGCUCUCUUGCCAGGUGAAAUUUAGCCUGAUGAACUCUGACUGAUACAAGACGGGAAGCCGGAUGCUUCUGGCCCUGCACGUCACUGCUGGAAGGAUUUUCUUAGCUUUGCACACAGAACUCCAUGGACACCACACCCACAUGCUGGAAGCGGCAACAUAAUUUUGGGUGAUUGCGUGGCAGAUUGCACUCAGUAUCGCCCUAAGAAGCUGGCCUGCUGAACCAGUCUGAUUUGCAACACGGGAAAGAUAGUGGAAAAGUGGUAAAGUGUGUGGGUUUUUUGGUUUGGUUUUGGAGUUUGUUUUUUGAGGCAGAGUCUUGCUUUGUAAUUCAGGCUGGCCUGAAACCCCUGGUGAUCCUCCUGCGUCAGCCUCCCAAGUGCCACCAUGUCUGGCAAAGUUUGUUUUUAAGGACGAAGCUUUUCUUGAGGAUGUUUCUGUUUUUUCUUUUAGGAUGUUUUUGAUUUAGGCUUCUUGUUACCUCUGUUUACUUUUUAUUGUAAGUUCACUGAUUUUAUGAAUAUACCUUUCCUAGUCACAAGGAAAAAUAAAUUGAUGUUAUACACCAAUGACGUAAUGAUGACUCCGGGUAUGUAAUCACCUGAAAUCUGCUUUGAAAGCUUUGCUUUCUCUUGUGUUCUGAGAUUUUUGUCUUUGUUCAAAGGCAUAAUUCCUUCAGUUUUCCUAAAAAAUUUGUAUGUGUUAAAGGAUAAGAAAUAAAAAUACAAGUACCA